UAAUAAUCAGAAACCUAGAAGACCACUUCAUAAUCUAGCACAGAGUCACCAGGGAAUAAUGGGGCACAACAUGGUGUCAUCAUUUCUGUAAAGCAUAAUAGUAACAUAGUAAGUCAGUUUGAAAAAAACACAAGUGCAACAAGUUCAACCUUUCAUGCCAAUAUAUAACCUGCCUAACUUCUAGUUGAUCUAGAAGGCGGCAAAAAACUCUUCUGAAGCAUCUCUAAGGUGACCAACUUGCAUUAAGAGCUACUUUGAAUUACCCUGUAUUUCCUCAUUUGCUAUAAAACAAUCCAACCCCUUUAAUAACGUAUCUGCCAGCAUAACCUUUUUUUUACUGUUUAUUCCUAAUGGGGACUCAGAUAUGAACUCAGAAUAAAAACCUUUAUAAACUGCCAAGUACCUGAGCAGAAAAGUGAUAAGAAACAUGGCAUUUUAGUAACCAGGGUGAAGAAAUGACUCUGGAGGCUAAUUUCUAGCUUACAGUAAAAACAUUAUGAAAAUCAAUAGUUGCACUAGGAAUGCCUGACUUGGGACAAUGUUCAGCCAACCCCAUCCAGAAGGAGAAGGGCUAGAGAACACUUUCAUAGCAGGCACCUGAGUGUCUGCCUCCCUCUUGUUUAUUCUGCUCUCCUAACUGCUCCGAUUCCAACAGGGAGAGGCAAACACUGCCUGCCAAGUGAAUCUAAAACUUAGUGAGCAGCUUAGGUGGAAAACAAGUGAUGUUGAUGUGUGAAUUCUUAUCACAUACCAUGCAGAGCCUGCGCUGCUCGGAAAUAGCUCUGAACAAUACUCAGGAAACCUGUCAGCUUCCUUCCUCUGUGUAUCAUAGCCAAUGCACUACAAAUCCCUUCUAGCACAAGGAAUGCACAGCAAAAGCUCAGCUGGUGACCAGCAAAGAAGCAGAAGACUGGUAUCACUAUGUGGAGUUGCGAAGACCUUAAUUACACCAAUAGCAGCGAAGAGCAGUAUCUGUGCAAUGAGUUCCACCUUAUUCUCUUUAUUUUCUCCGUACUCUACCUCAUCAUCUGCUUCCCAGUUGGCCUUUGCUAUAAUGUGCAGCUUGUGCUUGUCAAUCUAUACAACAAGGCGACUAUGACUAUGCCAGAUGUGUACUUUGUUAAUAUGGCCAUUGCCGGACUUAUCAUCAACGCAGUUGCACCGGUGUACCUUCUUGGACCUGCAUACACUAAGUGGUCCCUGUGGAGUUUUGGAAAUGAAGUUUACAUUACCUUGUUAAUACUCUUUAAUGUAUCCUCUUUAGUGAUCAUGUAUUCAACCACUUUGCUCAGCCUAGACUACUAUAUCGAAUGCGCUCUGCCGAGAACCUACAUGUCAAGCGUGUACAACACAAAGCACGUGUGUGGAUUUAUCUGGGGAGGAGCUGUUCUCACCAGCUUCUCUUCCCUUCUCUUCUAUAUCUGCAAUCACAUCUCUACCAAAAUCAUAGAGUGCUCCAAGAUGCAAAACAGAGAAGCUGCAGAUGCCAUCAUGGUUCUUAUUGGAUAUGUGGUACCUAUUAUUGCAGUCAUUUAUGCACUGGUGCUUAUUCUGCAAAUACGGAAAGACACCACGCCACUUGACCAAGAGAGUGGCAGGCUUGACCCCUCAGUUCAUCGGCUUUUAAUUGCCACCGUUUGCACACAGUUUAUAUUAUGGACGCCUUACUAUGUGACACUCUUGGUGAACACUUUCAUGGAUGCACGUAUAAAGUCAUCAGAUACAUUUUACAUAAGAACAUUUCAAUUUAUAGAAGGCCUGUCUAAUUUCUUGGCCUUUUCUAGCAGCUUUGUGUUACCUUUAAUACACAGGCAUAUUAACAAAAACUUCAGUGGCAAAUUACAGAGGUUGCUUAAAAAACUGCACUGUGGGAGCCAAGGAUGCACACAUGAACACUCAGUAGUUCAGCAAGUGAUGACGUAAGAGAUAACACAAACUGGAAAUUGUGUUACGGUGAAGUGGUUUGUCAUUUACCUAGGACCCAGGAUUUAUAGCUUAUAUUGGGUGGUUGAGUUAGUUUAAUUCUUGAGCUUCGGAGAGUCCACAAUGCACACCUUUUGCAUGUCACAUAAUUAUAUACUAUCUUCAAAAUAAUAUCUUUGAAGUACUGGUACCCACUGACAUGCUGGUGACCUGAAUUGUGGAUUUCUGGUGGGUAGAGACCUUGAGUCAGUAUCACUUUAAUGUCCUUAAGGGACACAAGUAAUGUACUGAUCCUUGGCAACCUAAUACUGCAAUGCUGUAUGGCUGAGAGGGUGCUUGACAGCCAGAGAACAUUCCAUGUGUACUUAGGCCUCAGCUCGUGCCAUGUUUGAUGACUGAUUUAUUUAGAUGCCUCAAGAGAACCCCAACCUUGGUAUUCUAUCACCAUAAACAUGAAAUAAAAUGAGAGAAGAAGUUAUGAUGGUAGUUGUUGCUAUUACACAGAAAUGAGUUCAAAGCACUUUGAUAGUACAAAAGUUUCUAUUUUUUGAAAAAUGUGUGAAUUUAAUUUUUCUCCUGAUAAAUGUAAGGUAUGAAGGAACAACAUCAGUUGCCAAAAUGACUACUGUACAAAUCUCAGACAACGGUAUUCUGAAGAUUAAGGUAUCAAGUAUUUGAAAAGCUCAUUAAACUUUUAGAAAGCAUUUUUGUUAAGGUUAAUCCCAAAUAUAUACUUGUGAAAUAUAAUUUUCAAUUCAUCAUCUACUUUACUAAUACCAUACAAAGAUAAUAUAACUCUUGAGUAAGUAAAUAUGUAACAUAUAGUACUGGAAGAAGAGCAAAGAAAGAUUCUUAGCUUUUGCUGUCAUAAACCAUUUAAAUAUUGGAUUUGUUUGGUAGGCAAAUUAUAUUACUAUAUAAUAGUGCAACACAUGCCAGAAAGGAAACAGAAAUUCAAUAUGGGCCAGUUACAACCUUCACCCUCAAAAUACUCAGACCAAUGGCAAAGAUAUAUUUGGGGGGGGGGUAUGCAACUUGGUAGCUCGGUGAUCAAACCUUAAUAGGUGCCUACAAAAGGAUGACUUCAUACCUAAUUAUUAACGUGGUAAAUGCUUUAAAAAAAAAAAAAAUCGGAAUUGGUCUAAAAGACCAAUAUUGGCAGCUAUGUGUAUGGCCACCUUAAGGCUAUAAAAAAUUGAGUGUCUGGGGCUGGAGCACCUGGACCCCUUUACUAUAUUGGUGAGUUCUCAACCAAGAUGUGUUUUGGUGCCCUAUGUUCACUUUUCUACAAAUCUUCUUACCUGUCACCUUUAUAAUUUUUAUAGCAAUUGUGUGGCCCCCUUUAAAAAUAACACGUUAAACAACUGUUUGGUUAGCAAAUAACAUAAAUCGUUCAAAAAUACAAGUAAAAACAUACUUUCUUUUGUUGUGUUAAAUCUGAUAUAUGAAGGAUUUUAUAAAAAUAGAAAAGUGACAGUGUCAUGUUAAAAAGAAUAAAAUGUGUGAAUUAUUUAAAAAAUAAAGAAUGAUUACUUUUAUCUUCAGCAUUAAUGGAGAAACUUCUUUGUCUUUUGCUUGAAAUAGAUACACUUGCUUUGUGCUAUAAUGGUCUACCUCACUUCUUGCUGCUGCCUUAAUCCUCUGUACCUGCCAUUCUGUGAGAAUUCACAAAUACUCCAUUAAACUGAAGUAAAGUUAUGGUCAGCAACAGCAGGUUUUUUUUAUUUUACUACAAAAGUUUUUAAAAGAGAAUUUCUUUUAGAUUUUUUUUUCUAUGUGAUCAGAUAUAGGCACUUGACUGCUUUACAUUAAAGUAUUUUGGCUUCUAAUUACCAAAAUGUUUUCAAAAAGGAAAUAAUUCUACUGAUGUACAAAAUAUUCAUAGAAUCCAUGUAUAAUGAUAAAUUAUGUUUUACUGUGAAAGAUUAGGUGGAAAUGAUAGCGAUGCUGAAUGAAGUAUAGUGUGGGCGGUACAGUGGACUUAGGCUUAAAUUUCAUAGGAAGGGAAGUGUCCUUAUUAUCAUCCAUAUUGCAUCAGUCUGCCCACAGUAGUGCAGCUUUACAUUGUAAACAAUGCCCAGUUUACACACCUACCUAUAUAUAUAUAAGCUAAUGUAUCAUUCUAUCAACCAAAUAAAGAUGUGGCUCAAAUAGCA